CAUCAGGAUUAUCAGUAAUCGGUGGAAACUUAUCCAGGCAUUCCAUAAGUUUAGCUCCUGAUUUUGGUCUGAAACUUCAGCCGAAGACGAAUUCGAAACUUGUUUUAAGUUUCGAACAAAAAAAAAACAUAAUAGAUCGUUCGAUCAUCCUCGUAUUGUUCAUCAAUCGAAGAGAAAAGUGAAUUUUGCAAAAAUGAUGAAAGUUGUGGCUGUUCUUGUUGUGCUGUGCGGAAUCAGUGCUGGGUACUCAGUGCCCAUGCGAAAUGCUUUCAUGUACUAUCAGCAGCCCAUGGGUUACAUGGGUCAACGGCAAGCCAUGUAUGGACUCCACUACCAGAAUCAGCAACUCCGGAAUCAACGUCGCUCGGCUGGAGUCUCUGCCUUUGCUGCUGGAAACAAUCUUGCUGCCGGAAGCUAUCUGAAGGAUUGCCACAACACAGAUGUUGAAAGUGCCGAGACCCCUGUCCAGGACGCGCCUGUUGCUGACGCGUACCCUGCUGAGCAGUACCCAGUCGAAGACGUACCCCAGCAGGAUGUCCCAGCUGUUAACGAAUUCGAAGCAGAGGAGCCUAUUGCUGAUGAGCCAGUUGCUGCUCCAGCUGUCCCAGCCGUGAUCCCAGAAAAGAAGAAGAAGAAGGUUACUGUUCAGCUUGACUCUGCCGAAGAGGAAGAGCAGGAUGCUCAGGUCGCUCGUCGUGGAGGUAGCCGCCCUGCUGCUCCCAAUGCCUACUUCCCAAUCAACUUCGGAAGCACCAAUGGAGGCGCCAUCGCCAUUGCCAACUCGUACAGCACCGGCAAGGGAGGAUCGGCCACCAGCACUGCCACUGCCUACGGAAGCCCAGCUACCGCUGAGCUGAGAAGGGCUGCCCCUGCCCAGCUACGGAAGAAACCUGCCAAGCUGCGUGCUCGUUAUUAGAUUUCUGGUAAAGUACUGGGCAAGCAGUUCAGUGGUUCCUAGUGAUAAGACUUUCUUAUUUAUUAAGUGCAAUUCAACUCCUCCGUAGGUUAACAGAAGCAAGAGUGCAAAAGGAAUUGACUAGCAACUUAAAUCUGAAAAAGUGCAAAGCGCAUUCAUUAUUUAUUUUGUAAUUAGCUGAACCCUUCAAAUCCAAACACAAAAAAUAAAACGAUUACUGAAAUACACGAGAUAAUGACUCACCACAAGUAAA